AUGUUGUCAUGUAGCUUUUGUGAAGAAGACUAUGGUGUCACUUACUGGAUAGCCGAGCUCGUCAACAGCUUCACCAAUCUUGCUUAUGUGUACUGGGCCUUCAAGACGCUCGCGCCCGGAGAAAGUCUGAUCUCGACCACGGCGUUUCCCAAUCUUGCCCUUUUCGUGGUGGGCGUGGCAUCGUUCGCGUACCACGUGACGUUGAAAUACGGCACCCAGAUAUGUGACGACCUCUCGAUGUUCUGGGUCUGCGCGGCCAUCAUCUAUGAGUUGUACACCAUCGACCGGUCCCCCACGUUCAGCCUGGUGUUCGGCUCCACGUUGACCCUGGUCCUGGGCGCCAUCAGCGCAGCUCACUACAGCAUGUACCAGCUCUGGCUGCACAACAUGACAUUCGGGCUCCUGGUCACAGCCAUCUGGCCACGCGUCUUGUACCUCAUCUACCAUCGCUUCCAGGGUGAAGAGAAAAGUUACUGGAUCGGUCGGUUUCGCGUGGGCGGCUUCUGUUUUCUGGCCGGGUUCGGGGUGUGGUUGAUCGACGGCGCGGCCUGUGGCUGGCUUCGAGAGAUGCGGAGCUCUCUCGGGCUGCCGUGGGCGUUUGCGUUGGAAUUGCACGGUUGGUGGCACAUUCUGACGGCGUUGGGGGCCGGGUAUUGUAUCCGGGUGACGAAGGUGUUGACGAAACGAUCAUCAACGUGA